AUGCAGGAAGUGUUGAAGUUGCAAACCACGGCAUACAGGAUGCAAUCUAGUUGCGUCGUUGCCAUAGUAUCGGAAAGGAAAGCAGAACUAAAACCUCAAAGAAAGUUACAGUUACAUAAAGUCUGCACCAAAUUUGCACCAAAUAUGGUUUCUUAUAUUGGAAUCUGGAAUGCUGUUUCGGUGAAUAGAAGCAAUCGUCCCAUUCUCGAAGAUGGAGAGCAUAUCGUUUACGUCAAAGAUAAGGUUGGCGUGUACCAGGGACAACAAAAGAUACUCAAUCGGCAGAUAGGAAGACUAUACUUGACGAAUUAUCGAAUAAUAUAUGUCGAUGAGGCAGAUCCGUUGAUGUCCAUGAGUAUUCCCAUAUCGAUUGUGGAGUCUUGUGGCAUCAUUGAUGGAUUUCUUCGAUCCUCGGCAAAAGUUCGAGUCAGCUUCAAGCUCGAUGAUUCAAAGGGACAACCAGAACUUAUCUCUCAGUCGUCAAAAUCGUCAAUAAUAGACUGGGUAUGCCAGAUAUGUUCAUUUAAUAACCAUUUGGAUACCAAGACAGAUCUCGACCAAGACUUUCCACGCUGCACUUCGUGCGGAAUACCCCCGCUGCGUACACUUAUAGAAAGCUUAAUUCAAGGAAAAAACAACGCUAAAGUCGAUACUGAAACUCCUAGAGUCAGAGAUGACCAAUGCCCAAAAUGCACUUUUAUCAACCACCCUUCGUUACGAUACUGUGAAUUAUGUGGAUGUGAGCUCAAGUCGACAUUGAGCAAGAGUCUCCAGCAGAAGUUGCACGCUGAUGAUGCGGGAAGUACCAGCAAUAUUGCAGGAUCUGAAGAACAAGCACAUUUGAACAUUCGAUUAGAAAACGAUCAAGAGACAUAUUCUCGUAGCCCCCCUUAUGUCAAGUUCAGUUUUCGGGCAGGUGGGGAACAGACGUUUCAUAAACACCUCAAUGAGGUCCUCGUUCAAGACCGAUGGAGCCGUCUAGAAGCUGCUGGAGCUAUUAAUAGAGACGCAAAAAAAGUUGAUCCAGCCCAAAAAGUGCAAAACACUAUUCAUGGUGGCGGGAUUCACGGACUCGAGCAGAUCGGAGAGCAAAGAAGACAGGAAAACGAGACGGUUCUCAGCAGCUCACUCGAAGAUUUGGAUCAGCUCAUGCAUCGUGCCCAAGACUUAAUCAAAUUAUCGACAGCAUUUCAACCGCUUAUCAAGAGGAAGGUCGCAUACAAGUCAAUUGUACCUCCUCUCAAGAUCAAAAAGUCAUCAGGACUAUAUCAUCGAGAACUCGCAAGACAUAUAAGUGAGUAUUGUAUUAGUGGACCACUUUCGAAAAAACUGUCAAUGAUCAGCACCCAAGACCUUUUCGCUACUUAUAACCGGUAUUUGGUCAUGACCCAAGGGUUUGGGCUGGAGUUAUUAGCACCUUCAGAUUUGCAAAAAGUACUAGUUUUAACUGAAGAGUUAAAUUUGCCCAUCAAGGUCAAAGAGUACGAGAAGAGUGGUUUAGUAGUAAUAUGUUCAAGAGGUGCUUCACUGUUUGGAGUCAAGGACUUUUUACUUCAACGAGAAAGAGAGUUUGAGCUUGCAAAGCGCAAGUUCGAAGUACUUACGGAAAUGGGGUUGGGCGAUAGAGACGACUACAUGAAAAAAAUGUAUGCCCAUUAUAGUGGCUCAUCUACUGCUGAAAUAGCUGAUUCGUUUAAUUGGUCGUACUCAAUUGCAAUCGAGGAGGUGGAAACAAGCGUCAACAGUGGAGAAGUCGUUGUUGAUAAUAGUAUUCUGGGUACCUUUUAUUUUGUCAACCGAUUUUCGAUUCCAGAAGAAGACGUUCCCUCACAACUGAGAGAGGAAAUCUGGGACACAAUCCAGGAAGAGUUGGCAGAAGAACAACGAACAAUCACUAAAACAUUAGAGGAACCCAAAGCCGACUAUUCGACGCAGCAAGUAUCGAAUGGGCCAAUGUACUCGGCGAGUGCCAAUUACGUAAACCUGGCGUUAGACGACUUGCAUGGACUCAAGUUUUGA